AAUGGACAGGCCUCAGGGGAAGAAGCUGGACUUCAGCCAUCCAAGGAUGAGGGCAUCCUCAAGGAGAUCUCCAUCACGCACCACGUCAAGGCUGGCUCCGAGAAGGCUGAUCCAUCCCAUUUCGAGCUCCUCAAGGUUCUGGGCCAGGGAUCCUUUGGCAAAGUCUUCCUGGUGCGCAAAGUCACCCGGCCUGACAGUGGGCACCUGUAUGCCAUGAAAGUGCUAAAGAAGGCGACACUGAAAGUACGUGAUCGUGUUCGAACCAAGAUGGAGAGAGACAUUCUGGCUGAUGUAAACCACCCAUUUGUGGUGAAGCUGCACUACGCCUUCCAGACCGAGGGCAAGCUCUAUCUCAUUCUGGACUUCCUGCGCGGUGGGGACCUCUUCACGAGGCUCUCAAAGGAGGUAAUGUUCACUGAGGAAGAUGUAAAGUUUUACUUAGCCGAGCUGGCUCUGGGCCUGGACCACCUGCACAGCCUGGGCAUCAUCUACAGAGACCUCAAGCCUGAGAACAUCCUUCUGGAUGAGGAGGGCCACAUCAAACUGACUGACUUUGGCCUGAGCAAGGAGGCCAUUGACCACGAGAAGAAGGCCUACUCUUUCUGUGGGACAGUGGAGUACAUGGCCCCGGAGGUCGUCAACCGCCAGGGCCACACCCACAGUGCAGACUGGUGGUCCUAUGGGGUAUUGAUGUUCGAGAUGCUGACAGGCUCCCUCCCCUUCCAGGGGAGGGACCGGAAGGAGACCAUGACCCUGAUUCUGAACCCCUUUCCACCCGCCAGGGCCUGUGGGAGGGAUCCCUGCAGUCUUUGGGAGGGCAAAGCUGGGCAUGCCCCAGUUUCUGAGCACGGAAGCCCAGAGCCUCCUGCGGGCCCUGUUCAAGCGGAAUCCUGCCAACCGGCUGGUUGGGCUCUUUCAGGCUCUGGUCCUGAUGGGGGAGAGGAGAUCAAGAGGCACGUCUUCUACUCCACCAUAGACUGGAAUAAGCUGUACCGACGUGAAAUCAAGCCACCCUUCAAGCCAGCCGUGGCCCAGCCCGAUGACACCUUCUACUUUGACACUGAGUUCACAUCCCGCACACCCAAGGAUUCCCCAGGCAUCCCCCCCAGCGCUGGCGCCCAUCAGCUGUUCCGUGGCUUCAGCUUCGUGGCCACUGGCCUGAUGGAGGACGAUGGCAAACCUCGGGCCACACAGGCGCCCCUGCACUCGGUGGUACAGCAACUCCAUGGGAAAAACCUAGUUUUUAGCGACGGCUACGUGGUAAAGGAGACAAUCGGCGUGGGCUCCUACUCCGUGUGCAAGCUCUGCGUCCACAAGGCCACCAACAUGGAGUACGCCGUCAAGGUCAUCGACAAGAGCAAGAGAGAUCCCUCAGAAGAGAUUGAGAUCCUCCUGCGGUACGGGCAGCACCCCAACAUCAUCACAUUGAAAGAUGUGUACGACGAUGGCAAGCACGUGUACCUGGUGACAGAGCUGAUGCGGGGUGGCGAGCUGCUGGACAAGAUCCUGCGGCAGAAGUUCUUCUCGGAGCGGGAGGCCAGCUUCGUCCUGCACACCAUCGGCAAGACCGUGGAAUAUCUGCACUCACAGGGGGUCGUGCACAGGGACCUCAAGCCCAGCAACAUCCUCUUCGUGGAUGAGUCUGGGAACCCCGAGUGCCUGCGCAUCUGUGACUUCGGCUUCGCCAAGCAGCUGCGGGCUGAGAACGGGCUCCUCAUGACGCCUUGCUACACAGCCAACUUCGUAGCACCCGAGGUGCUAAAGCGCCAAGGCUACGAUGAAGGCUGUGACAUCUGGAGCCUGGGCAUUCUGCUGUACACCAUGCUGGCUGGAUACACUCCCUUUGCCAACGGGCCCAGUGACACGCCGGAGGAGAUCCUGACCCGGAUCGGCAGUGGAAAGUUUACCCUCAGCGGAGGAAAUUGGAACACAGUUUCAGAGACAGCCAAGGACUUGGUAUCCAAGAUGCUGCACGUGGACCCCCACCAGCGACUCACGGCCAAGCAGGUCCUCCAGCACCCGUGGGUCACCCAGAAGGAUAAGCUUCCCCAGAGCCAGCUGUCCCACCAGGACCUGCAGCUGGUGAAGGGAGCCAUGGCAGCCACCUACUCCGCACUCAACAGCUCCAAGCCCACACCCCAGCUGAAGCCGAUCGAGACCUCCAUCCUGGCUCAGCGGCGGGUGAGGAAGCUGCCGUCCACUACCCUGUGAGGGGCUGGGACAUCUGGACCGCAGGGCGGUGCUGGAUGGAGGCUGAAUCCUUCCCAGAGGGAGCCGGCCUGAGUUACAGGGCCAGAGCAAACUGGACCCCCGAGGGGACCGGGAAGCAGCCAGCCCAGGUUACCCCCGUGAGGGUGUGAGAAGUGCCUUCUCCUUCCCAGGAUGGACUCUUCUGGGCUCAGGCUCUGCUGGUUGAAACUGAUUCACCAGUCGUUUUUAAGGGAGAAAGAAAUGACAUCAACCACCGUGGAUUCUUACAAGAUCCGUUUGCCUUUCUGGGAGUUGAAAUAACCAGAGCAGCCCUGGGAGGGGCGCUGAGUCACACUGCAGCUCUCUGUGACUAAGACUCCUUGGAGCAGCUUUGGGGUCCUGUCCUAGGGACCCCACAAUUGGCCAUCUGGAGCCAUCUGCACACACCUGCAAGACAGCCCGGCAUUGCCUCUCGAGCCACUGGCUAUUUGGCAGAGCUCACCGAUCCCCCACCCAGAGACUCUUCUGUCGGUUCUGCCGGGGGGACCAGAACCACUUUCGCUAGAGCAGAGGAGCCCGCCCUGCUGGCUCCUGGUUCCUGGCUCCAGCCACCAGCAUCCGCAUGGCCCACCUGGGGGCCCUGCAGUCAGGUCGGCAGCCCCGGGGAAAGGAUGUGCCGAGCACUUUCUGGCUGGCUUCUUUGGGGCCUGCCAGGGGACGUAAAUCACGGGAGACCAGGGGGCCGGUUGCGAGGUCAGGGGCUUUUUCCAUUUCUUCCUCAGCUGGUAACUCAGGGUUCAUCUGUCCAUGGCCUUUCUAAUAAACUUACAAUUGAGUUGAAGCACA